AUGAAAAUUGAUAGCUUCCUAGUCCAGCAGAAUUUCACCAAGUGCACUACUGAGCAUGGAGUUUAUGUCAGAAACACAAAUUCUGGUGAGUUUUUGAUAAUAUGUCUCUAUGUAGAUGGUUUGCUAGUGACUGGCAGUAGUAAAGAAGAUAUAAAAGUGUUCAAAGGAAGAAUAAUGGAUGAAUUUGAAAUGUCUGAUCUUGGUGAACUAUCAUACUUCCUGGGUAUUGAAUUUGUUUCUACUAGUAAAGGGAUUUUCAUGCAUCAAAAGAAGUAUGCACAAGACAUCCUAAAAAGUUUCAAUAUGAUGGAUUGCAAUUCUGUUAUCACACCAACUGAAACUAGAAUUAAGCUGCAAAUAGAUGGGGAUGAGAAAGAAGUUGAUCCUACCUUGUACAAGCAAAUUGUAGGCUCAUUGAGGUACCUAUGUAACACCAGACCUGAUAUUGCCUAUUGUGUUGGGUUGAUAAGCAGGUUUAUGGAGAAACCAAAGACACCUCACUUCUUGGCAGCAAAGAGGAUUUUGAGGUAUGUGAAAGGAACAUUGGAUCUUGGCAUUUUAUAUCCUUACAGUCAGAAGAAUAUAGAAGGAGAAGUGUUUGGUUAUAGUGAUUCAGAUUGGUGUGGUGAUAAGGAUGAUAGGAAAAGCACUGCUGGGUAUGUUUUCAAAUUUGGAACAUCACCAAUCUCCUGGUGCUCAAAGAAGCAGAGUGUAGUUGCUUUGUCAACAUGUGAAGCAGAAUAUAUUGUUGCUGCUAUGGCAGCCUGUCAAGCUCUAUGGCUGGAAGCUUUAAUGGAAGAACUAAACUUGAGAAAUUGCAAUCCUAUGAGGUUGUUGAUGGAUAACAAAUCAGCAAUUGAUUUAGCUAAGCAUCCUGUGGCACAUGGCAGGAGUAAACAUAUUGAAACCAAGUUUCAUUUCCUACGUGAUCAAAUCAGUAGAACCAUUGAUAUUAAGAUUGUACCUAAUCGCUGCUAUACAAGGUUCCCUGUCAAAGAUGAAGGAAGAAGAAAGGCUUCAACAUUUACUAUAGCGAAGAGAUGCUCAACAAACAUCAAAAGGGUUAAGUUGUCAACUACCCCAGAAACUAGUACUUACUAUUCUGUGGGAAGAAGUUAG